AUGACAGACGUUAAAUCGGUGAAUAAUGGGUUCAAAAAUGGUGAAAACAUACAAUUUGACUACAAUAAUGCAAAUAUUACUAACCCAGUAGAGCCCAAUGGCCAUGUACUGAGCAAGAAGAAGAAAAAGAAGAAAAAGAAUAAAAAAGUAGACGUUGAAGCUACUUUAAAUAAUCCUCAUGAUGAUUAUCCUACUUCCAGAGUGAUAAAACAAGCCCCUGAUGGUAGUGUUAUAGUAGAAAGUAUAGAGGAAGAAGUUGAACAAAAUCCAGUAACUGAUAUAUGGUUUCAUGAUUUAACUAUUGAUGAACGUAAAGAUUUAUCUAAAUUUUGGGAAAGUCUACCAGGGAAAGAUAAAUCUAAACUUGCCAAAAUAGAGAAAGCUGAAUUAUUAACAAUAUUAAGAGCAGAACCAAAGACCAAACCUCCUCAACCUCAUAGUCAAUUAAAUAAUCUGAAUUGUAAUUGUAGUCAUUGUGGUAGGAAAAGAAAUAUGAUAUUUAAUGAAAUUGAAAGAAUGUAUGAUGAUUAUGAAGAUGAUAUUUAUGAAUUUAUUAAUCAAGUUAUUGAUUUAAAAGAUCUACUGAAGUUACCACAUCAUUUAUUUAAAGAUUUUAAUCAAUUACCUAAAGCCAUGAAACCUAUAAAUCCUCGAGUUCAAUUACCUCCACCAAUUGUCCCCCCAAAUUCAGCAUCAUCCAAUAAUCCUAAUAUUACCAAUGGUUCAUCAAUGGGUUCAUCAAUGGGUUCAUCAAUGUCUAAAUCGAUGGCUCCUCCUUUAUUAUCACAGAUAUCAAGACAAAUCUCCAGUAAUUCAUUGAAUAAACUUCAAAUAGAUCAACUCGAUCAACAACUACAACAUCAUCAUCAACAAGAAAUUAUUAAUGAUAUAAGAAACCAACCUCCAACUGCUCAAGGUAUACUACAAGAAUCAAAACUUUUGGAUCAAAAAAUUGAUUUUGGUAAAUUAGAUUUAGAUAUGUUCAAUAAUCCUUCAAUUGAUAAACAAGAAUUACUUAAUAAAGUAUUUGACCAAAAACUUCAUGAUGCUUUAAGAUCACUUGAUUUAGAGAAAUUUAAAUCUUUAACUAGAGAAAAUCAAGCAAGUGCCAUUGAAGAAGUUGGUGAAUUGAAAGAAUUUAUGAAUUCUUUAAGAACUGCUGAUAAAUCCGAAAUCAAGAAAUCAAUUGAUUUUAUUGAACAUAUGGCAAAAAUGUUUGAUAUAAAUUUACAUGAUCCAAAAGAUGUAGCUAAUGCUGCCAGUAUUUUCAAUCAUCUUGAAGGUGAUAAUCAAAUGAAAAAUGGGUUAAAUAAUUUAACUGAUGAUAUUAUUCAAUCUAAUGGUCAACAUUUCAUUAAAAUGAUGGAAAAUUUAUCAAAAUCAAGAAAUUCAAGAGAAACUUUAUUAGAAAUGACUGAUGAGAAACCUUCAAUUGUUGAAGAAUCACCUGUUUAUGAAGAAUCUGACAAUGAAAAUUAUGAUAUUGAAGAAUAUAAUUCUGAAGAUGAACUUGUAGAUGAAGGUGAAUUAAUAGAUGGUGAAGAUUUCGAAAAUCAUUAUCAUAGUCAUUACCAUGAUUCCGAAAAUGAUUAUGAAGAUGAUGAAGAAGAUGAAGAUGAAGAGGAUGAUGAUGAUUAUGAAGAUUAUGAGAAUGUUGGUCAUGAAUAUAUUAAAGAAAAUGAAAUCAGUGAAGAAGAUAAAUUGAAAGAAUUACGUCAACUUUUCUUAAUGCAAGUUAUGAGAGUAUUCCGUCAAAGAUUGAAAAGUGCUUAUAAAGAGAAAUUAUCUCAAGAUAGAACUCAAAGAUUAAUUGAAGAAUUAGAAGCUGAAGAGAAUGCUAAGAAGCAAAAAGAAGUAAAGAAAUUGAAACAGAAAGAAAAAGCAAAGGAGAAGAAGAAAGCUCAACAAUUAGCAAGAGAAGAAGAGAAGAAGAGGAAAGAAGAGGAAGAAAAAGCUAGAAAAGAAGAAGAAAAACGUAAAACUGAGAAAUUACAAGCUGAACAAAGGAAACGUAAUGAAGAAUAUCAACGUAAGAAGGAAGAAGAGAAAUUAAGAAUCAUUGAAGAACAGAAAAGAAAGAUGGAAUUGAAGAAAGCUGAAGAAUUGAAGAAAAAGCAAGCUGAAGAACAAAGAAAAGCUGAACAAUUGAAGAAAGCUGAACAAAAGAAACUCGAAGAUGAAAGGAAAGCUGAAUUAAUGAAAGUUGAACAAAAGAAAGCUGAAGAAGAAAAACAAAAAUUAUUGGAACGUCAAAAAGAAGAAUUAAAAAUUAAAGAAUUUGAAGCUCAAGCCAAACAGAAAGAACUUGAGAAUGAAAGGUUACUUAAGGAAAAAUUAGAAAAAGAACGUGAAAUCGCUGAAGCGGAAGCUUUAUUGAAAGAACAAGAAGCUGCUGCAGCUAGAUUCAAAGAAGAAUCAUCUAAUGAUGCUGUUCCUUUAAAUAACCCAUUGUACAAUAUUUCCGGUAACAAUACUUCCAAUUCGACCCCUAAAUUGGAUAAUAGUCAUUGGCCAAGUUCUCCUUUCAAUCAACCACAAAACCAAAAUUUCAGACCUUUUAAUAAUGGUUUUUCAUUCAAUGACCCAUUCAAUACCACUGGUGGUUUGUCAUAUGGUGUUACUAAUGGUUUGAGUGGUUCUUUGAAUCAACCAUCAGUCAAUGGUUCUUUGAGCGGAUCUAUGAAUGGUUCUAUGAACGGUUCUUUGAAUAACGGUUCCUUGAACAACAAUUCUUUGAACAACAAUUCUUUGAACAACAAUUCUUUGAAUGGAACUUCAAUGAGUGGUCCUUCCAUUGGUGGCUCUUUGAGUGGUCCUUCUAAUACUUUGAACAAUGGUUUGAAUAACGGGUUGAAUGGGUCAAAUGGAAACGGAAAUGUAAAUGGUGAGUUAAAUAACAUGUUGAACAAUAACAUGAUGUCCAAUGUUCCUCCAGGUUUGAGUCCAUCAUUACAAAGAUUAUCCACCACUUCCCUCAAUACCUGGAGUGAAACCCCCAAUCUUAUGAAACUCAAUUCCAACUUUUCAUCAUUUUCAGGAUCUUAUAACAAUUAUGGAUCAAUGAUUUGGAAUGAUCAAAAUCAACCUGAUCAAUCUAAUCUUUCACAAAACUUAUCUCAAACCAACCUUUCCCAGAAUCUCACUCAACCUAACAUGCCAUCCAAUCUUUCCCAAAAUCUUUCCCAAAACCUUCCACAAAAUCUUCCACAAAACCUUCAAACCCUUCCACAAACCCUUCCUCAGCAAUUACCCAAUCAACCACCUGACCAAAUAGUCCUCAAUGCUGUUUACAAAGCUUAUCAUACUUUAGCCAAUGCCAAUCAAAUCUGGAAUGGAUAUGCUAAAAUAUCCACUUUAUAUCAAGCAACCAUCAACAUUCUUCCUCAAUACCAACUUGAUUAUUCUCAUUUCAUUACCAUCAUCUCCAAUCAAUUAGCUAUUUCCAAUUAUAAGUUUGAAUUCCUUUAUGAUAACUAUCAAAUCAGUCACAUCAAGAUUGGAUCAGAUCAAAUAUCACCAAUGUUAAAUAAUCGCUUCAAUCAAUUCCCUGUGAACCUCAGUAAUGAUAUGAUUAACUUUAACCAUCAGUUAUGA